AUUAACACCAAGGAACAAAUAUAAGGAGAGAGAGAGAGAGAGAGAGAGAGAGUGCAAAUAUGGAUGCUACACAAAGGAGGCUAAGCAUUCUAAUGCUACCAUGGUUGGCUCAUGGUCACAUAUCACCCUUCUUAGAGCUAUCAAAGAAGCUCACUGAGAGAAGCUUUCACAUAUAUUUUUGUUCCACACCUAUCAACCUCGAUUCCAUCAAGCCAAAACUUUCUGAAAAGUACUCUCAUUCAAUACAACUUGUGGAACUCAAUCUUCCAUCAUUGCCUGAGCUUCCUCCUCAGUAUCACACAACCAAAGGCCUCCCACCCCACCUCAAUAGCACCCUCAAAAUGGCCUUUGACAUGGCCAGUCCUAGCUUCUCCAACAUGCUCAAGACCUUAAAGCCAGAUUUGGUUAUAUAUGAUUUUCUUCAGCCUUGGGCACCGUCAAUAGCUUACACGCAUAAUAUCCCAGCUGUUAACUUUAUAACUACUGGAGCUGCCGCGACUUGUUUUGUGCUUCAUGCCAUGAAAAACCCAGGUGAGGACUUUCCUUUUCCAGAACUUCAUCUUCAUAAAUAUAUGAAAGUGAGGUUAACCAAUUCGCUUGAAGGUUCAUCCACUGUCCACCCUUACAUUAAUGGCAAAGAACGCAUUCUUCAAAGCUUUGCACGAUCUUCUAAUAUCGUUUUGAUGAAGACUUUUAGAGAACUUGAGGGGAAAUAUAUUGAUCUCCUUUCUUCUCUAAUUGAAAAGAAGGUUGUUCCAGUUGGUCCACUUGUUGAAGACCCUGUAUGUGAAGAUGAGAAAUCCGAAACCAUUGACUGGCUUGACAAGAAAAAAGGAUCUUCAACUGUGUUUGUUUCGUUUGGUAGUGAGUAUUUUCUGAGUAAGGAAGAAAUGGAAGAGAUAGCUCAUGGGCUUGAACUUAGCAAGGUGGAUUUCAUAUGGGUUGUUAGGUUCCCUGUGGGAGAGAAAAUUAAGCUUGAAGAGGCGCUACCAGAGGGGUUUUUGGAAAGCGUAGGAGAAGGAAUUGUUGUUGAGAAUUGGGCACCUCAAGCAAAGAUUCUGAGGCAUUCAAGCAUUGGGGGGUUUGUGAGUCAUUGUGGAUGGAGUUCUGUGAUAGAAAGCAUAAAGUUUGGUGUGCCAAUCAUUGCCAUUCCCAUGCAACUUGAUCAGCCAUUGAAUGCUAGAGUGGUGGAGGAAGUGGGUGUAGCUAUGGAGGUUAAGAGAGACAGAGAUGGGAAGCUUGAAAGAGUAGAGGUUGCAACUGUGAUUAGAGAGGUAGUGAUGGGGAAUAUUGGAGAGAGCAUAAGGAGGAGAGCAAGAGAAAUGAGUGACAGUUUGAGAAAGAAAGGAAAGGAGGAGAUAGAAGUGGUGGUUGAUGAAUUGGACCAGCUAUGUGCAGCAAGAAGCUAGUUUCAAUGGUUGCACCAAUUCUCCUGAUAGUCUUAUAUGAAGAUGGGAUGAGUUGAUUCACUGGGGCAUUCAAGAUUUCAAUGGCAGUAGUUUUAAAGAAGUGCAAAAUUGCCUAGGUUGCUUCAAUCUACUGCAUUCGGCUCCAACAAAAUGCUCGGAUUUUGUAAUGGUGUUUCAUCGGAAGAAGGUCAUCUAUUCCAUUAUAGAUGACAUUAGAUUUAGAGCUAGCUCGUCAUAGUAAAUGUGAAAAAGAACUCAAAUCCAAAACAGGGUACUUUGUAGUUGUUUGAGAAUUCCUUUUAUCUGGGUGUCAGUGUAGUUAAUUGUAGUGUUGUCUUUUGCAAUAAAAGAUCUUGAUCAUACAGAGA